UUUGUACAACUACAACCUGUCCCAUCAGAGGGCUAUUUAUUUGUUUUAUGGCCGUCUACGUCGCGACCUCGAUAUUCGGACUACGAAGAAACCACGACGAAGAGUGAAAUUUAUCUUCCAAAAAAAUUAUGGGGUCGACAGGGGAGAUAUCUGAACCGCUGCUGCAGGAGAAGAUCUGCGCUGUCGAGUCGGAGGUGGUACCGGAAUGGAAGGAGCAGAUCACGAUCAGAGGGCUGGUGGCGAGUGCUGUGUUGGGAACACUCUUCUGCAUCAUCACACACAAGCUCAAUCUGACUGUCGGAAUCAUCCCCUCGCUCAAUGUCGCUGCUGGUUUGCUCGGUUUUUUCCUUAUCAAGUCCUGGACUGGGUUCCUCCACAAAUUAGGGCUCCAAGUCGCUCCUUUUACGAAGCAGGAGAACACAGUUAUCCAGACCUGCGUCGUGGCUUGUUAUGGCCUCGCCUUUAGCGGGGGAUUUGGUUCAUACUUAAUCGCGAUGGACGAGCGAACUUACCAACUGAUCGGUCCUGAUUACCCUGGUAACCAUGCUGAAGAUGUUAAGAACCCAGGCUUGUGGUGGAUGAUGGGUUUUCUUUUUGUUGUCAGUUUUCUUGGGCUCUUUAGUCUUGUCCCUCUGCGUAAGGUUAUGGUCAUGGACUACAAGCUUACAUAUCCGAGCGGGACAGCAACUGCAAUGUUAAUAAAUAGUUUUCACACAAAUACAGGAGCAGAGCUUGCAGGGAAGCAGGUCAGGUGCCUUGGAAAAUAUUUGAGCUUAAGUUUCAUUUGGAGCUGCUUUAAAUGGUUCUUCAGUGGAGUUGGGGAUUCAUGUGGCUUUGAUAACUUCCCCAGCCUUGGUCUGACGCUAUUUAGUAACACGUUUUAUUUUGACUUCAGUCCAACUUAUGUUGGUUGUGGUCUUAUUUGUCCUCACAUCGUCAACUGUUCAACUCUUCUAGGGGCUAUCAUCUCAUGGGGAUUUCUCUGGCCUUUCAUUUCUAAACGUGCUGGAGACUGGUACCCUGAUGGACUUGAUAGCAAUGACUUCAAGGGUCUUUAUGGAUAUAAGGUUUUUAUAUCAAUUGCCAUUAUCCUUGGGGAUGGUCUUUACAACCUCAUCAAGAUUAUAUCCAUAACCAUCAGGGAAACAUGCAGCAAAAGCAGCAAACAGCACAAUUUACCUAUUAUCACUGAGAAUCAAGCAGAUGCUGAGAAUUCCAUAUCGCUUAUAGAACAGAGGAAAAGAGAUGAGGUAUUUCUAAAAGACAGGAUACCUUCGUGGGUUGCAGCUUCUGGAUAUGUGGGGCUUGCCGCGAUAUCGACGGCAACGAUUCCAAUGAUCUUUCCGCCCCUUAAGUGGUAUCUGGUUCUAUGUUCAUACCUUUUUGCUCCUGCCCUCGCCUUUUGCAACUCUUAUGGCACUGGACUCACAGACUGGAGCUUGGCGUCAACUUAUGGAAAGAUUGGAUUAUUCAUCUUUGCUUCAUUGGUUGGAAGACAUGGUGGCGUUAUAGCUGGGUUAGCUGUUUGUGGGGUGAUGAUGUCCAUUGUCUCUACUGCAGCCGAUCUCAUGCAAGACUUUAAGACAGGUUAUCUCACUCUAUCAUCUGCCAAGUCAAUGUUUGUGAGCCAAUUGUUGGGAACAGUCAUGGGCUGCAUUAUCGCCCCACUUACAUUCUGGCUGUUUUGGACUGCUUUUGAUGUCGGGGCACCUGAUGGUCCAUACAAAGCCCCAUAUGCUGUCAUAUUCAGGGAAAUGGCAAUUUUAGGUGUUGAGGGCUUCGCAGAGCUUCCCAAGCAUUGCCUGGCCAUAUGUGGUGGGUUUUUUGUGGCUGCACUGCUGGUAAACCUCCUGAGAGAUGUUACUCCUAAGAAUAUCUCACAGUUUAUCCCGAUUCCAAUGGCCAUGGCAGUCCCUUUCUAUAUUGGAGCUUACUUUGCAAUAGACAUGUUUGUUGGGACAGUGAUAUUGUUUGUAUGGGAGCGAAUAAAUAGAAAAGAAGCAGAGGAUUAUGCUGGAGCUGUUGCUUCUGGUUUAAUUUGUGGUGAUGGGAUUUGGACGAUACCAUCAGCACUCCUGUCUCUUUUUAGGGUCAAUCCUCCCAUCUGCAUGUACUUUGGACCCUCUUUGAGUAAGUGAGCGAUGGUUCAUGCCAUAAUUGUAGCUGAGCGGUGGGAGUUGCUUCAUGUUUAGCAUGUAUGGUUGGUAUGUAUUGAUGGGAUUUGGAUAAUGUCAUCCGCUGUUCUCUCUUUUGUGGUUCAACCAUCUCAUCUGCGUGUAAUCUGGACCUUCUCCGAGUAGCUGAAGGAUCCAAAACUUGUAGGUAAUUCUAUGUUCUUUGAAUUUUCUGGUCUAUAUUGGAUUCUGUACAUUAUAAUCCGCAUUCUUUCCAGAAUAUUUAUUAUAAGCAUAUUGCCAUGGAGAAGAGACUUCGGUUU